CUUAAGGGGAUCUUGAAAAGGAGUAGGGGAGCUAGAUGGAGUGAUUUUCCUUUGGACGGAAACAACUGGCAAGCCAAAAGGAGUCCAGACUAAGGGGUGGUGGAAAGUCUUGGAGGUCGUUAAAAAUCAUGGCAAUUGAACAUUUUUUUAAAAAGCAGAAACGAUUCAAUUCCUAAAUGAAGUCAGCGAGUUUUAGGCAUGCCCACAUUGACUUCUGUCUUAAAGGUUUAGACACGUGAACUGGAGCUGGGACACACAUCCAGGGACCUCAGAAAAGGCUGAUAUCUUAAAAGGUCGUCCUGCUGUUCCUGGAGCUGGUGACAGGUCUGGUUACCUACACAGCCGGCUCCCACCGAGUUUAGAAGAGCUAGCAUCCCUACUGGCCCAGGCCUUUACACGCUCCUCCCCAGGGGCCGCCAACUCUCCCGGGUACAAAGUACAGCAGGGACGCGGGCGGAGCCUCGCCGGGCGGCACGGCCGUAUCCAUCCCGGGUGAACACCUGCAUGGAUUUCCGAUACCGCGCCUGGCACGCUCGCCGCGGGUUGUGGGGGAGUGGAGAGGGCGAAGGCUCAGGCUCCUUCCGUGCUCCCAGCCCCGUGUCCGCCUUUUUGCACUCGCUAUUCCUCUGGGAGACGCAGGGGGCUCUGGGCACUACAAGCUUUAUUAAAAGAUUCGCAGUGGUUUUUCUCGGGCUCCUGAACACACCAGCCCGCGAAGAGCUGCGGGGUUGUAACGCAUAAGCCCUAACGCACGGCUGCUAUCCUUCCACGAUCUAGCGCUUGCGGCUUAGGGUCAGAUUAAGCGAUUCUCAGAGUAUCUGUGUGGGCGCCUGUGCUGGGGUCCCGUCCAAGGAAAGGAGUGGGACCGCGCGAAGAACGUCACCGCGCUACCAGACAAGCACAGGCACUUUGCACGGGCCAUCUACGCGUCGCUCUGGAGGUAGCGCGCCCUGGCCCCAGCCCAGGCAGCUGCGGCGAAGGCGGCGGCAGCAGGGGCCCCGGGGCCGGCGCUGCAGACGGGAUGGAGGAGCCGGGGCGAAAUGCGUCCCAGAACGGGACCUUGAGCGAGGGCCAGGGCAGCGCUAUCCUCAUCUCUUUCAUCUACUCCGUGGUGUGCCUGGUGGGGCUGUGUGGGAACUCCAUGGUCAUCUAUGUGAUCCUGCGCUAUGCCAAGAUGAAGACGGCCACCAACAUCUACAUCCUCAACCUGGCCAUCGCCGAUGAGUUGCUCAUGCUCAGCGUGCCCUUCCUGGUCACCUCCACGUUACUUCGCCACUGGCCCUUCGGCGCGCUGCUCUGCCGCCUCGUGCUCAGCGUGGACGCAGUCAACAUGUUCACCAGCAUCUACUGUCUGACUGUGCUUAGCGUGGACCGCUACGUGGCCGUGGUGCACCCCAUCAAGGCAGCACGCUACCGCCGGCCCACUGUGGCCAAGGUGGUGAAUCUGGGUGUGUGGGUGCUGUCGCUACUCGUCAUUCUGCCCAUCGUCGUCUUCUCGCGCACGGCGGCCAACAGUGACGGCACGGUGGCCUGCAACAUGCUCAUGCCCGAGCCCGCCCAGCGCUGGCUUGUGGGCUUCGUGUUGUACACAUUUCUCAUGGGCUUCCUGUUGCCCGUCGGGGCCAUCUGCCUGUGCUACGUGCUCAUUAUCGCCAAAAUGCGCAUGGUGGCCCUCAAGGCCGGCUGGCAGCAGCGCAAGCGCUCGGAGCGCAAGAUCACCCUGAUGGUGAUGAUGGUGGUGAUGGUGUUUGUCAUCUGCUGGAUGCCUUUCUACGUGGUGCAGCUGGUCAACGUAUUCGCAGAGCAGGACGAUGCCACGGUGAGCCAGCUGUCGGUCAUCCUCGGCUAUGCCAACAGCUGCGCCAACCCCAUUCUCUAUGGCUUCCUUUCUGACAACUUCAAGCGCUCUUUCCAGCGCAUCCUUUGCCUCAGCUGGAUGGACAACGCCGCCGAAGAGCCAGUCGACUACUACGCCACGGCCCUCAAGAGCCGCGCCUACAGCGUGGAGGACUUCCAGCCCGAGAAUCUGGAGUCCGGCGGCGUCUUCCGUAAUGGCACCUGCACAUCACGAAUCACGACUCUCUGAGCCCAGGCCACGCAGGAUCCUUGCGCCAGGAGGAGAGGAUGAGGAGAAAGAGAGGCCGGGUGUGAGAGAUGGAAGUGUCCCAGGCGUCAGGGUGCGAUGAGGAAAGUGGGGCUAGGACACUGUGCGCUUCCGGUGAGGAACCCGGGAGAGACGCGUGACAAAGAGUCGGACGCUUUGUUUAUAAACAGGGACGGCUUCCGGGCCCCUUUCAGCUCGGUCUCCUACUUUCGCUCCUUCCUCCACCGCGCUUGCACUUCUGCACCCCUCUCUGCUCCCCACUCUGCGAUGUUGGUCUUUCAGCCCCGUCCUGCCGGUGCAGUUCAGGAAUUUAUUAAUGUCGCCGGCUCAGCCCGACCCUCAGCCCCGCCAGCUGUUAUUUCUGUUUAAGCUGAGCCACGGCCACCACCACGGAUUUCCCUCAGGGCAAGUCCCCAGCUCGCCCUCAGCCCCGCCCUGCCGCGCCCCCUCGCUCGCCAGAUUCUGACUGACGCCCCUAGAGGAGUCUCAAGAGCCGCCGCUCUCCGUCUCCUCAGCCCUCCUUUAAGGGAAGUCGGACUUGAGAAGGACCUGGGCGGCCGGUCUUUCUCCUCCUCUCGGGUGAAGGCGCGCCCUUCCCCGAGCUCCUCCACCCCCACUCCACCAAGAGCGGAGCCAGGUGCUUAGUAAAAUCGGUCCCGCGCUUCGAACCCCGGUCCAACCCCUUAUCCAAACCCUGCCUUUGGAGCAAAAGGGAGCUGAGAACAAGCAACUUUCUUUUUUUCUUAACGAUUCCGAGAUUUGGGAAGGGGGAGAAGGGCUUGUGAUGGACCCUCCCGCCCGGUUCAUAAACGGCGCUUUUGGUUUCGAAGACCAAUUCUCCGGGCACUCCCGGGACGCUGGACCGCGUUAGGCCAGGCAGGACAGGACGCACCCUCCCCACGAGCCGCCCGGGUGCGUGGCUGCAGCUACACUCAGCUUUCUCCCUCGCCCGAGCUUCUGCAGGUGCAGAGCCAAGAGAAACAAGGGGCACCGGGGCCGGGACCUCGGGUGACGCCCUCCGAGUCUCGCUUGGCCCAUCUGGACCGCAGUGCUGCCGCCUGCAGGCUAGAGAGCGCGGCCCGCCAGGCCCCUGAGGGCUUCUUCUGUCUUUCAAGCGGUGCCUAAUAAGUUAUUUUCUUGCCUCACGUAUUUAUUUAUUUAUUUGUGGUAUUUGAAAAACGUCUCUGCUUUCCCUUUCUCUACUUUCCUAGCCCAGGGCCUUUUCUUCAGGACACUGGGGGUUGGGCGGGCGUGGCGGUGGCAGUGGGGGAAAGCUCUCUUCCCAAGGCCCUCUCAAAACUUCUCUUUGCUAGGCCCUCUUUACUUAUCCCUUCCUCUAGCCUUUCUAUUUUUUGCUUGUGUCCGGUGAAGUUUGGAGAUUUCUUCACACUUUUCUUAUGUAGUCUUUUGUCUUACAAUAAAUGAUAAUGUGGGUUAGCCUUCUCCCAUGCAGAGUGGAAAGUCUUGAACGCCUAGCUUUCAGCAUCACCUAUAUAUGAUUUGAAUAUAUAUAUAGUAUAGUAUUCAAAUCAUAAUAAAUCCACAUACUAUAUAUAUUUGUUUAUCUUGCUCCCUUGUCAUGAGUCCAUGAGACAGUCUCCAGAUGCAGUCACUAGCAGUGACAGGUGUGAGACUGGCUAGAACAUUUCCAGAUAAGAGGGUUGAGGCAGCCCUCAAACUUGAAAUUUAGAGAUCUGAUUCAGACAGACUUUAAUCAGUGCUGAGGAUGUCCCUGCCUCCUCUAGUUUCAGGCAUAUGUGAUUCUAACACACAAUCUAGUUAACAUCAUCACUUCUUUCAAAGACAGUGAAAGUAGAGUAAUUUGUGUCUGUGUUUAAUCUGACCAGCUACACUGGAAGCCUGAGCAGGGCAAGGACCAGUCAUUUUACUUCUUUGUAUUUCCUGUAUUGCUUUAGUAUGCUGGAGUGUACAUAGUAGGCACUACAUACAUGUUUGUUGGUUAUCUGUUUAAGUAAACCAGGGUGUAUUACAAUUGGGAAAUACUAAACCUGGGGUUCUCAGGCUCUCUCACUGACAUGAUACACAAUGGUUGCAAUUACUAUGGAAACAUGUUUCGUGUAUAGUUGCUUCAAGAACAUCGUGCUUUCCUGAAAGCAGUAAGCAAGAGUUAAAAUGCUCCCUAACGUUUUGUUUGAACUAAUGCACAAAUAUGCUUUGGUCAUAAAUCUCAAAGUUUAGAUCUGUCAUUUAAUAAUAAUACAUAUUACUACUCCUUUGGAAAACAGAUUUUUAAUGGUUAAGAACAGUGAAAUUUACAAAUCAAAAUCUUGAUCAUUAUCCUCUUUAAGAGGACAUGAAUCUAGUGCUCUUAAUCUGUUACCACUGUAAUAAUAACUAAAUAAACAAAUAUAUUAUGUUGUUGCAA